AUGUCUCAAGCAAACAAUGCAUUUUCAGAUGAUCCAUUGCUCAAGCGCCGUAAAUCCGAUUCGAAUCUGCUAAACAACAACCUGGAUAAAGCGCAGCAAUAUCGAAAGAGAACCUCACAGAUGGCACAUCAGUUGAAUAAAUCCAUCUCCAUCACCAUGGCUGAAAGGCAGCUUGCGCGAAAUACAAAGAAGGACGACAAUCCGCAGGAGGAUACGUUUUACCGUGCACUCGAAAUCAAGUUUCAUCAUUCGGUUGGCAGCAUGAGCAUCAGCCCUGCUUGCAGAGAUGUUGUUUUGGCAGGUCGACAAGGUCUUGUGGUGAUUGAUUUAGAGGAUCCUUGGCUGAUACCGAGAAUACUGCCUCACAUGUCAAAAUGGGAGGUUGCUGAUGUCCAAUGGAGCCCACACAUUGCUCGAGAAUCAUGGGUGGCAUCCACUUCGAAUCAAAAGCUGCUUGUUUGGAAUUUGAAUCAUUCUGGAUCAAGAGCUAUUGAACAUGUAUUUCAUGCGCAUGCAAGAGCCAUUUCAGAUAUCAACUGGUCUCCACACCAACCAGAUAUACUGGCAACCUGUUCCGUGGAUACCUACGUUCAUCUAUGGGAUUUAAGAGAACCGCAGCUCAGAUCCAAAGACCAAGACGAUGACAGAAAAAUGAGACCAAGCUGCUCUUUCACACCUUGGAAUGCUGCUGCAACACAGGUCAAAUUCAACAGGAAAAGCGAAUAUCUGAUAGCGUCAGCGCAUGACAAGGAUGUCAAGAUUUGGGAUUUAAGAAAAGGCGCUGUCCCUGUAACAAGCAUCACAGCACACUCGAAAAAGAUUUACGGCAUUGAUUGGAGUCGACAAAACGAUCAUGACAUUGUGACAUGCAGUUUAGACAAGAUGGUCAAGUUUUGGAAUAUUCAUACACCAGAGGAGGAAGAGGAAGUGAUUGUAACAGAUACACCCAUCUGGCGUGCCAGAAACACGCCUUUUGGAAAUGGUGUGCUGAUCAUGCCUCAGAGAACAGACUCUAAAUUGACCCUGUACAGCAGAGCUUGCGCAGAAACACCUGUGCAUGCAUUUGAUGGACACCAAGACACUGUCAAGGAAUUUGUCUGGAGAUGGAAGGGGGACAUCAAUGGCGCCAAUGGAGACGACCGCGAGUUCCAGUUGGUGACAUGGUCCAAGGAUCAAAAUUUGAGACUCUGGCCAGUAUCUGAAGAGAUCAUGAAAUCAGUAGGACACGAACCAAGCGCCACUAAAACCAAACUGUCUGCUCCUUUCAUGGCUGUAGAAAAGAACAACCCGGCCAACUCGCACUCUUUCCAGCAAGAGCCUAUCGAAAAGUCCACCACCAACAUACGCCCAUCCUUCUCUUCUGCCACGCCUGUUCGCCUGACGCCCAACAGCAACACCUCUACCAUGACGCCCUACCGAUCAAACAUUGUCAAUCACGGUAUAGGCACUGGCUACGAGCAGACAAACGCAUACAGAGAGCAAAAGUACUCUGCCAUCAACCCAUUACUGUGGAUGCAAAACGUCAAAACGGUGGGUCCCGCUGGUGGAGAGGUACGACGCGACGCAACAGCUGAAAACACAUACCAGUCCGUCGCCGAGGAAAUGUCGUCUGUACUGAACAAAUACUUGCCUGUGGGUGUCAAGACCGAAAAGAUCAAUGCUGCAUCUCGAACGUGUACUAUAUCGCUUCACGGGCCCUGGUCUGAUACGGGCGAUGCCUUGCUGCGAAUUACGAUUCGAUUUAGCCCCCAGUAUCCAGACAACAGCCCACCCGAGUUUGAUAUCCAAAAGAACAGCAUGAUCUCCAUCUACUACCGUGCUCACAUGGCACAAGACCUGAAUGGAUUGGCUUCCACAUAUACCUCGCAGAAAAAGUGGUGUUUGGAGCCUUGUAUCCGGUAUUUGCUAGGUGAAAACAUGCAGGAAGAGACAGAGUACGGACUGGAGAACGCAAACUUAUCGCUUGAUUCUGCAAAUGGCCUGAUGAACCAGAAUAGUGCUACUGCCACUGGAAGUCCAAACCAUUGGAAGGGUGCCACUGCUGUUGAUACUGGUGAUUCUGAUGACGAACUGGGACAAGGCUGGGGAAACUUGGGUGAUGGUUACCGCUUUGGCAAGCGAGAGAGCAUGACAAGCGAAAGGGGCAUCAUGGUCGACAUGUCUGCCAAACAGAGCACAGAUGCCAAAGUACCCUUUCCACGGCUCUGUGGCGGCGUGUUCUCUGGCAGCGGACAGCUUACCUGCUUUUUUUCCACACUGCGUGUGCGAGAUAACAACAGAUCAAAGAACACAGAGAGUAAGGCAGACAAGGCUCAGCAGGAGAGCCAACCCCAGAAUGAUCGUAGCAAUGGAGAGUACUUUGAAAACACGUACAGCGAUUUUUACCGACAUCCAAAGACCUAUGAACAGUUUGAAGAGUACAAGGAAAUUGCAGCCAUGUCGCGACAGGGCAAAAAUGCGACCGUGCUGGUGGGUGGUACAGGUGGUGCUUUUGGUGAGUACGCUUAUGACGAUGAACAAGACGAUAUCGAUGAUGGGCUGAAUACAGUGGGCACCAUGGGCAUCAUGUAUUACAAGGCAGACAACAUUGCGCUGAACAGCACUAUGGGCAGUGGCGAUAAUCUCUUAUACCACGGCACCAAGACAGAUCGCAUUACACAUAAUGUAGUGAUAGCUGAUUUCUCUGAAAAAAUGCCCUACAGUCCAUGGCUUGCCAAAGAAUACAUUCUUUCGAGUAAAGACCCUGUGGCAGCCUGUAUACACAAUGCAAAAGUAUGUCGAAAGCACGGAAGACUUGAUUUGUACAAGGUCUGGCAUCUGGCAGUUGAGAUCUUGCGUGGAUGUGUUCCUGCAACACUACCUGAAGCGGACCGUGUUAUUACAGACGGGCACCAAGUCUUGCUAGAUAGCCUCGACUCCAAUGCCGUGUUAGAUGAAAAUUGGCAGCGUGAUCAGCAGUUGGCAGAGGUCAAGAGUAUGCUCUACAGCGGUGGCAACGUCAUGGAGACCCACAAAAAGCAGGCGGAAUCGAUUGCUACCAAACCGUUGCAGAGAGUGAAAUGGGGCAUGCAUCCCUUGGGCCAAAAAUUGGUGGACGCUUUACUCCAGCAUUUCAUAGGGACAGGCGAUAUCCAAACAGCUGCCAUGCUCUCGUGCACGUUCCAAGUUCGACCGAAUAAAGUACCCUCUGCGUUGUUUGGCCAAAAGCCUAUCUCUAUAGACAAGUCUCCAGAGACAGAGUUGGAUUACUUUUCCCUCAAGAUGAGCCACCGUAAUUUACACCAUCACCAUCAACAUUCUCUGCGAGCGAAUUCAGGCCCCAACACAGAUGCUACAGAGAGAAUUACAGUGGCACCUAUCAGCGCUUCUUACGGUACUAAAUCCAACAACAUGCUUUCGUACCUGUGGGACACCAGUGAUAGUAGACGCCUCUCUCCUAUAGACAGAUACACAGAUACCCCAACUGAAUUGCAUUCACCCAACAAGCGCAAUUUGCGACUGAAUAGAUCGUGGACCAUGAGCCAACCCAAAUUAAAGAUACCGAGCAAUACGGCGCCAGGCAUCCGUCAUAUCGUAGGCAGCUUGGGCUCACACUCGUCCGCACUCUCAUCGCCCAUCAUACAAACACCCACUACGCCACUGUUCAACAAGGAAGGCAAAGUGCUACAAGAUCCCAGAGAGAUGAAAAUCGAGUUUACCAACAUGGAGUACUUUGACAGUGAGCGCUUCUUUGGGUUUAACCAUAUACCCCUGAUGGACACCAAAGGCAUGGCGCAGAGAGAUGUGUUGCGUCUCGCUUACGCUGACAUGCUGUACAGAUGGCACUUGCUGGAUCAGAGGGCAGAAGUGCUCCGUUUUCUCAACCAUCAACCCUUUCCUGCAGACAAAGAGGUGGCUUCAAGCAAUAUCAGAGUAUCCUGCUAUGCUUGUGGCACUGAAUUAUCUAGCAAUGACAAAUACUGUAUACAAUGCCGUAAAGUGCGAAAACUAAUUCGAUGCUGCUUUUGCCAUAUUCUGGUAAAGGGCCUCGUCAACUUUUGUAUUCAUUGUGGACAUGGUGGUCAUAGCAGCCAUAUGGAGGAUUGGUUUGUGGCAAACCAGCAAGUGUAUUGUAUGACUGGAUGUGGAUGUAAAUGUGCCUUGGAGUCGUUGGAGAUAAACACUUGA